AUGCCUGGGCCCAUUGAUCCAGAAACCCUCUACACCAAACAAACAUGCAUUGGUGGUGGAAGCUUCGGUAGGGUCUACAAGGGUGUCGACAGACGUACGGGUGAAUCAGUGGCCAUCAAAAUCAUCGAUGUUGAGAAUGCAGAAGACGAAGUGGACGACAUCAUCAAAGAAAUCGCGAUAUUGUCCGAGCUCAAAUCACCAUACGUCACCAAAUACCACGGAUCAUACUUGAAAGGCUCCCACCUAUGGAUUAUUAUGGAGUUUUGUUCUGGUGGCAGCUGCCAUGGCCUUUUGCGCCCAGGAGUGAUUCAUGAAGAGUAUAUUGCGAUCAUUUUGCGUGAACUCUUGCGUGGUCUGGAUUAUCUACACCACGACCAGAAGUUGCACAGAGAUAUCAAGGCUGCAAAUAUUCUUCUGAGCGCAAGCGGACAGGUCAAGUUGGCUGAUUUUGGUGUAUCUGGCCAGCUAUCAGCCACAAUGACCAAGAAGAACACUUUUGUCGGAACGCCGUUUUGGAUGGCUCCUGAGGUUAUCAAGCAAUCUGGCUACGACUACAAGGCUGAUAUCUGGUCAUUGGGAAUUACUGCUAUUGAGCUGGCGUGCGGUGAUCCGCCUUAUGCCGAUAUCCACCCGAUGAAGGUCCUGUUUUUGAUCCCCAAAAACCCUCCACCAACCCUCACGGGCGAGUUCACCAGGCCCUUCAAGCAAUUUGUGGAGCUGUGUCUGCGUCGAGACCCGAAGGAAAGACCUUCGGCGAAGGAGCUGCUAGAGCAUCCAUUUAUUAAACGUGCGAAAAGAACCACAUACCUAACAGAGUUGAUUGAACGGGCUGAGCGUUGGCAGGCCACACACCGUGGCCAAAAUGAUGAUGAGGAUGAUGAUGACUACGAUGAGCCAUAUGAACAAGAGGAGAGGUCUACGGAGAAUGAAGACCUCUGGGACUUUGGCACAGUCCGCCCCGUUGGCGGCAGAAGUGCCGCACCGGUUUUACGACCAUUGAAGGAUUCGGUGACCAAUUCACGCGCUCAAGAGACCGAAGAGUGGGAUUUGCAGGAUGAUGUCAAAUCAACACCAACUCGUUUAGCAUCAGAGAGGACUAUUUCUGUCGCUGAUAUUUCACCUUCUAAAAAGCCUCUUCCUCCUUCUGCACCGUCAUCGCCGACUAAGAUACCGUCUCUACCUUCGGCUCCACCUGUCAAACCUCGCUCUAUCAACGCCCCAAAUCCUUUUGAAAAGACAUCCCCUUCCAAGAAUCACAGUGAAAGAUCCUUCACGACAGCCACCCGCUCAUCAAUUGAUCCCAAGCCAAUAUCUCCUCCCCUAGCACCCUCCAGCAAUGCGAGACGCGACAAAUCUCCAGUCUCUAGAUCGCCCGCACUACUUCAACAACGCCCUCUCCCCAGUCCCGUUCCUGUAAGGAAACAGUCAGUACCACAGAAUAUCAAGCCUCCCGGUCUUAAAUCGAAGCUCGGGCCCAAGUAUGAAGAGCGUGCGAAAAGAGUUAACACGCCCCCUCAGAGUAUUCGUCCAAAUGAGCCAAAGCAGCAGUCUGGCCAGCCCAAACCCCCCACCGAAGACGAUCAAGAUACGGCUCACGGCUCAAUCAUCCUCCCAGCCCUCCGCGCUGCCAUGAACCGACGCGGCCGCUACCUAUCCCGCCUUGAACCUGGAAGAAAGACCGGAGCACAACCGACUCCAGAGGAAGAAAAGAAAUGGGAGCGGAGUGUUCGUGUUCACAGAGCUAUGGAACAAAUGACCGAAGAAAUUUGCCGGUCUUUCAAUAACCUCCACCGAUGGGAUAUGGAGGAUCCGGUUGAGAUGAGCGGCGGUGUUGAUGCCGUUCUGGAUGUUUUCCUGGAGGAAGUGCUUGUUAGGCUCGGACCUGUACCAGCGCCAACCUGA